GGGGAAACGGAAACUCGCCUUCGUCAAAUUGCACCCAAUAACAUCCCUCCUAAUCCGCGCUCCCAAGAAUAAGAAACCGGCUCGGCUCUCCGAUUCUUUCCCUAUCUUCCAUUUCUCCCUUUCCCUUCCUCCCCAUUGGCGAUCCGGCGAAACGGAAUCGGCUGAAGGCUAAAGGUCAUGAAGGAGUGGUCGCAGCGGUAUCCCGUGGCCGAGCCCUCGGACGACUGGCGCGAGGGGUCGUGGACGGUGGAUUGCUCCUGCGGCGUCACCUUCGACGACGGCGAGGAGAUGGUGAGCUGCGAUGAGUGCGGCGUGUGGGUCCAUACCCGUUGCUCCGGCUACGUCCGCGGCGAGGCCUCCUUCGCUUGCCACUACUGCAAGGCCGCAGCCCGGAGGCUCCGCUUCGCCUCCGGGUCGGUCACCCUCCCCGACGACGCCGACGAGACCGAGGUCGCCCGGCUCCUCCCCGAGCUCCCCACCAAGAUCGAACCCUGUCUGCCCGAGCGUCCGUUGCAGGCCUCCGCUUCGGCCGUCGGGCCGCACCGGCGCCGUCUCUGGGCAGGAAUCCCUCUCGAGGACCGCGUCCACAUGCAGGGCGUCCCCGGCGGCGACCCCUACCUCUUUGGUGAUCUCUCAUCGGUCUUCUCAUCGCAGCUCUGGAGGUGCACGGGCUACGUACCCAAAAAGAUCAAUUUCCGGUACCGGGAGUUCCCUUGCUGGGAGGAGGAGGGCAAGGAGGGGGAGGAGAACGAGAAUCCAGCCAAUAGGGGGGCUGACGUGCAGUUUUCAUUCUCAGAAAAGAUUAUUCCGUAUAUUACGGUGAAGAAGUUUGAUGAGGAUGCGAAGGAGGAGGAAGCGAACAUCUUGUUGCGGAGUUGCAGAGCCAAGGGUGCGAGAGGACUUCAGGUGUUUGGGCAGGCGAAUCUUGAUAAGAAGAGGAAGGAGGAGCCCGGAGAAGCAGAGGACCACGGUGCGAAGAAGAAAGCUAGGACUUCUCCUGAUAAAAUUGUGGGUGAUGACAAGAGAAUAGAUUAGUUAUUGCGUGGGAUGCUUCCCAUUUGUUGCACAGCAGCUCAAGUGAUCAAGAUUUCUAUCGAUUCUUCUGUCUGCUUCUGCGAUUGUGUAAUUUCCUAGGGUCCUUUCCUUUUCUUGCUAUGAGGAAAUCCAUGAGGAAAUCCAAGUUCCACAAGGAUAAGGAUAUCCAGAUCGAAGGAGCAGUCUUUCAAGGUCUGAAAAAUGGGGAUCAGAAAGAAGAAAUACUCUUGUAGUCCUUUUAUGCAGGACAGUCAGAGAUGAAACGAAGUAAUACUGUGAAAAUACAAGUGAAGCUUGAGACACCUGAUCGGCUAAAAACUGUGAACGAUGAGAGCAAUUUAAAAAUGAACCUUGCAUCUCAAGGUGGUGUAAGCGACAGCAGAAAAGAAUCAAGUAUAGAUCAGGUUCGUGGCAGAGCCAUAUAUUGUUUUAAACAACCCAAGGAUGAGAGCAAUUUUGAAGGGUGUAUAGACAAGCUUCUUGCUAUGUUUUAAUGGACUUGAGAAUUCCAAAGCCUGCCACAGGUGACCUUAUAAGUGGUUAUUUUGCUGGAUGAACAUUAACGUCGGACCUAGAUGAUGCACUAAAACUAACCAUCAAAGCAGACAUAAACGGGGGAAAAAGUGAGGGGGCUGAUGGCCUAUCGACAGGAAUGUAAAUUUCUUGUCUCUUAGUUCUGCUGGAAAGUUGCAUGCUGUAGGUAGCCGACGACCUGUACAGCUAUUGAAUUAGUUAUCUGAGAAUAUUCGUGACCAGCAAAAUAAAUCCAGUUUGCCAAAUCAUAGAAUUGUUUCAGGAUGAUAGAAGCGAGUGUAAUGAAGUUGAAGAAGUAAUAACUUCAAGAACUGGUGACCCUCAGAAGCAUAAUGAUGGAGUGGAGGAUUCAGCAGAACAUAGGCUGCCUGGAGACAAGAUGGUUCAAAGGGUUCUGAUGAAGCUGCAAACUCAAAAUCCAAAGAUUUAAACGCCUUGAUUCCUGGUAUAUUGAACUUGGCACUGGGUUUCAUAAAGGAGUCUUCAACUUCACAUUUGCCUGUUGUCUUGAAAUUAUCGGUUUUGGAUGAAACAUGCCUCCUGCUCCAUCAUCUUCAGCUGGUAUGGCUAGUUAAUCAACCAAGCAAACAUAAGGAAAGAUGACAAGUUAUGUUGCCAAGACACAAAGCGGCACCAAUUCCAGGUGAAGAAAAUAUGGGAGAGGUUUCAGAAAAUUCAGCAAAAGGUCACUAAGUUAACUAUUUUCUGGAUUUAAAGCAUCACAAAGUUAGUUGAACCUUUCAUAAUUUUGCCUAUGAGCAUAUGGUACCGGAUUUAAAGGAAGAAUUUCCUUUUUAAUUUGUGAAAGCUUUGGGCAAAGAGGUCAUGAGUGAUGAUGUGACUUGUUCAUUGUACUCUCAGGUUGAUUUUGUUUAACCAAACACAACUCAAACGAAUCGAGCAGAGCAAUCAACCAGCUCCAUGUACUCUUUGUCAAAAGGGUGAAGUACCCCUAUUCUUAUACAAUUACCUGCUUGAUGUAAUUUUGCAAUGAACUUUGAGUGACAAAGAGCUUGCCCUACUGUUGUAUCAAGGACUAAAUAGCUCUCAUAGAGUUCCCAGGAUGCCACGUGUCUGGCAAGCUGCUGGUUUACAGCCGACCUCCGCCAUUGGCAGUGUCCAGAGGAAAGGACGAAGCUUUGGUGUUCCGAAGGAAAAACAAAGUAGAUGUAAUGAGAGAUGUUAUUCGCAAUUCUCAGAUUUAAAUGGUGAGAACAGAGAAAGGGGUAGGAUGUUAGGCCAGAAAUAUCAGCAGUCACCUGAUCCGAUGACUUGACAAUAAUUCUUGCUUCUGGUGAAGGUGGAAAAAGUGACCCGUUUUCCUCCUUUGAGGUUAGUGAACAGACAUGGAGCUCACCUGGUGAUGUUCCCUGAGUAUAUCUUGCUCUUUGCCUGGAUUGAUACUUGUGAUUAUGGGUAAUGACAAGCACAUUACUUAUGAAGAGCUGUGCAAUGCUGUUAGCCUGGUUCAUAAAGGGAAGGCACUCGCUCAAUCGGAAGCUGUACAGUUUGUUUUCCGCACCGAAACAGACAUAGAGCUCUGAACUUCUGAUCCGUUCCGCAAGUAUUCUUUUCCCUUGAAAUCACUUCAUCAUUUUUGUAGCAGAGACUCAAUCUUCAUCAGCAAUAGACUCAAUCCAUUACACAGCUACCUGAUCAUGAUGGGGAUCAGAAAAGCCACGAAGUUGCGUGUGGUUUCUCAAAUCCUUUUGCAAAAGAGUUGAGGUAAGAUGUGGCCGAUUAAAGAAGAUGCAGGUCACAGCUUUAGGCAUAUUUCAAUAGCGACAGUGAGCGCAGGACGAUGCCACCGAAGAAAGCACAAAACGGCAAAUUGUUAAAGCAAAAAAGCAUUCUAGUUUUUGAAGAAGGGUUCGUGGGUGAGGGAGAGAGAAUUGAUCGUUGCUUAUCUUACUUACACCUGCCAAAUCAUGUGGAGGAUUGUAUUAUCAAGGAAAAAGAAAUAGUGAAUGCAGAUUUUACUGGCACUGAUUCUGGGAGGACCGCAGAGGAUCAAUCCGUCUUGUAUUGACAGUCUGAUCCAACCGUGAGUGGUGUUCAGUACUA